AUGAAUAAAGAAAUAUCAAGAAAUUAUCUGCCCUCCAUGGAAGUGUUUGGGGACUAUCGAGAUCCACAUUGUGGCGGGAAGCAGGUGAUUGUCCACUUGUUUUAAUGGAAGUGGACAGACAUAGCAGAUGAAUGUGAGCGAUUCCUAGGAAAGAAGCAGUUCUGUGGAGUUCAGGUUUCACCUCCAAAUGAGCAUAUUGUGGUCACACACCCUAUGCGUCCGUGGUGGGAGAGAUAUCAACCUGUCAGUUAUAAACUUCACAGCCGGGGAGGGACAGAGGCCGAAUUCAAAGACAUGGUUCUCAGGUGUAAAAAUGUCGGAGUCAGGAUAUAUGUGGACGCCGUUAUCAAUCACAUGGCUGGACUGGGUCGAAUAGGGAUAGGGACAGCUGGAAGUCAUUUCAAUUCCAGCAAUUAUGAUUUUCCUGGUGUUCCAUACAACCGACAACAUUUCAACACACGAGAUAAGUGUCCGUCCGGAAACGGGGGAGUCGACAAUUAUAGUGACCCUAAGAACGUCCGGAACUGUUUCCUGGUAGGGCUCACUGACUUAGAUCAGAGCCAGGAAUACGUCAGAGAUAAAAUAGCUGAGUACUUCAACCACUGUAUCGACAUAGGCGUAGCGGGAUUCAGAGUUGACGCAUCCAAACACAUGUGGACAGAAGAUAUCAAGGCCAUUCAAGACAGGGUCAAGGACCUUCCAGAAGGAGGAAGGCCGUUCUUUUACCAUGAGGUCAUCGACCAGAACGACGGAGCUGUGAGAGUAAAUGAGUAUUACGAGUUAGGAUAUGUCACAGAGUUCCGUUAUUGUCAAAAAAUUGCAUAUGGAAUUCACGAUUUUGGACAAUUAAAUGAUAUGUAUGUUCCGUCUUGGGGAAUGUCGGACCCGAGUCAUGCCUUCGUGUUUGUCGAUAACCAUGACAACCAAAGAGGACACGGAGGUGGUGGUAAUCUAAUCACACACAAAACACCACGUGACUACAAAAUGGCCGUAGCAUUUACACUAGCCUACAAUUAUGGAUUUACGAGAGUCAUGAGCAGCUAUUUCUUUGAUAACUCAGACCAAGGACCCCCAGACAACGCUGACUUUUCAGCGAAAGACGUUACUAUUAAUGCUGACGGUUCAUGUGGUAAUGGAUGGGUAUGUGAACACAGGUGGAACCCAGUAGCCAACAUGGCGGCCUUCAGAAACGCCGUGGUCGAAACUGAGAUAAAGCACUGGAGAAAUCAAAAUGAUGAAAUCUCUUUUGCUCGAGGACAGAAAGGUUUCUUUGCUAUGGCCAAACAAGGUCACAUGGACACAACCCUCCAGACUGGUUUACCUGCAGGAGAUUAUUGCGACCUAGUCUCAGACUGCCAGAAGAAGAUCACAAUAGAUGGUAGUGGUAACGCCCACAUCGUGAUUGACAACAGUGCAGAACCAAUCAUAGCCUUUAUUGUUGGUGGACCAACAGGUACUACAGGAUCUAUAGAUAUCUCUCCUACGGGAUCUACAGACUUAUCUACCACAUCUACCCCAGGAGCAAUUGUUACACCAGGAAAUGGCACAUGGGCAAGAACAGUGAUUCUGAUAGAGAAAAUGACGAGAAACGGGGAGGAUUUGUUCAUUGAUGGGGGAAUUAGUCAUGAACAUAGACAUGGAUGUACUGAUAAUGCCGACACCAGUCCUUGUGCUAUUCCAAUUAUACACAACAAGGAACCAUCUUUCUACAAGGCCUAUGAUGCCUGGAAACAAGGCGACAAUCACCUGGACUGGUAUGGACCGGAAGUAGGACAGGGCAGUUAUCUAGGCAAACAGCCAACUGGAUCACCGGCCGUAUGGACGACGAAUGACCAAGAAAGACAAGAAUACACUUCACUCAACACAUAUGGUCCUCACUUAUGGUUGUUGGAUGUGAUGAUGGACUAUUCUAAGACAGAGAAUGGUUGGUUUGAGUUUAAGUAUAGAAUAAACAGCUACUGGGAAGGAAGGACACAUGACAAACAUUGUGGGAAUCCUCCCUACCACUCGGACAACCACAUGGCUAAAUGUGGCGCCAAAAAUGUCUUUCACCAAAAUGGACAAUGCGAAAUCACGCCAUUUUAAAAUUUAGGAA